AUGUGUGGGAUGAAUGCGGAGUGGAGCCAAUCAUCUGUUCGGAAGUGACGUCAUCGUAUGACAGGGGAGCGCAGUAGAUCAGCAGUGUGAGAUGAGUAUGGUCACACAACAGCGCCAGACAUCGGCUACAUCGGACCUAGUGGAUUAAUCGAAUUGCAUGGCUAUGACAAACGGUUACCACCAGGUGGCGCCACUGUUUGUGAUGGGCUUCAUCCUACUGGCGUCGGCUACGGCUGCGGAAGAUGUCGGCUUACUGGUCGACCUGGAGCUGGGAGUCUUUGUCUGUCCCACGCGAGCGUCGCGCCCUCUACUGGAUCUCUUCCCGAUCUCGUUGCUCUGCGACGGAAUCAAGGAUUGCGUGUCGGGCGUUGAUGAAAACAACGACUUCUGCACCGACGAAAAAUGCAAGCCGGAGUGCGACGAGGGAGCUUGUCUUACGCCUGGCCAGUGCUUCUGCGACAACGGAUGGGCCGGACAAAACUGCAGCGUAAAAGACGAUAAUGAGUGCGUCAGCAGUCCGUGCGAUUCAUUUGCCGUCUGUGUCAACGUGCCUGCGAACUACUACUGCGUCUGUCUGCCAGGAUUCGUCGGAGACGGCGUCACCUGCACAGACAUUGACGAGUGCCGGCCGGACACCGGACGUAACCCGUGCGACCCGGAGCUAGGUGACUGCUUCAACAUACCCGGGUCCUUCUACUGCAGCUGCGACAUGGGUUUCGUGAUGAGGGCCGACGGUGAAUGCUACGACGUGGACGAAUGCCAGUACCCGGACUUUCCGUGCGACCUGCGGGCCAGGUGUAGAAACACGGAGGGAAGCUUCAGGUGUAUAUGUCCCGAUGGCUACUCAGGUGACGGCCUCACCUGCUCAGACGUGGACGAGUGCGCGCGCAACCUGUGUCCGCGGGAGAGCCGAUGUUUCAACAUGGUCGGCAGCUACGCUUGUGGCUGCGGCCAAGGCAUGAGGUUCGCCGGUGGAGAGUGCAGCGACAUAGACGAGUGCAUAGAACACGAGGACGACUGCAACUUCGCGGCCACGUGCUCGAACACGCGCGGCAGCUUCCAGUGCGAGUGCUAUAACGGAUACACGGGGGACGGUACGACCUGCGUAGACCUGGACGAAUGCAUCGCCGGCGAACACAACUGCGACGAGCGCGCCACCUGCACCAACGUAGAGGGCAGCUUCGAGUGCGAGUGCGACAGGGGGACGUCAGGGAGUGGGGUCAGGUGCCGUCGCAACGGCGGUGGUG